AUGCAGAGAACCGACGUUGCCAAGUGCAUCCGCACGCCUUCCGGCGAGAACCAGCACUUGCGCUUCGAGGUCAGUCGACUGCAAAAAGUCUUGCUGGAACUGCAAGAUCAGUUGCGAGGCCUUGCAGCGCGGCAGACUGGAGGAGGUGAAAUCGCCUUCCCGCGCGUCCCAGAUUUUCCUUGGAAGAGCACCGAUUUCCACUUGAGCAAGGUUCAUGAGCGACUCUACCUGGAUGCUUACGAACGGCAGGAACGGCAACGCGCGUUGCAAGAAACGAUCCAAAGAGCCAGGGAAUUUGAGGUGUUAGAUGUAUUCCGUUCGCAACAUCCAUGGCUGAACCCUGCCAGAAAUGCGCAGGAAUCAGAAACUUACGCCUGGUCCAUUUGUUCGGCCAACUGGAGCAGCAUUGAAGGAUUGGAGGAAACGACGCAAGUGACACAGGUGGCCCCGGCGGCCCCUGAGCCCAUCCUGGAUCCGCUGAAACCGAGCGUCUCCAGUCGUCGCUCCUCGCGCUUGGUGCCAUCUCCCAGAUCGCCCGAGCCGGGCGACUCGCUGGAAGCUGAAGGUGUUUCGCCUGGUGAGUAUUUGCCGCUGGUGGUAUGCUCUUUGGAAGGCGGCGAUGAAGCGCGACAGAGGAGGCCCAGUUCGUCCACACCAACCUUGCUGGGGAGGUCUGCCACGGGUAAGCGACGAGGCGGCCUUCCUCUCUCCGGUGAG